UCUUUAAACAAAUGCCAAAGUACUAUAAUUUAAAAUUAAAUUUAAGAAGUUAACAAAGUUAAUCUGGCCUAAUUUAUUAAUACCAAUAAAUAUUCAGUUUUCCCCUUAGUUUUUGUAUGUAGAUUAAUAUGAAUUCUUUUUACUUUUUCCCUUUACUGAUUUUUUUUCAAAAGACGCUGUUGUACAACCUCAUUUCAAAAUGAAGGCUUUUAUCUGGACCCUACUAGGUGUGCUAUUCUUCCUACUAAUGGGCAUUGGACAUUGCAGAGGAGGACAAUUCAAAAUAAAAAAAAUAACCCAGAGAAGAUACCCUCGUGCCACAGAUGGUAAAGAGGAAGCAAAGAAAUGUGCAUACACAUUCCUGGUACCUGAACAAAAAAUAACAGGGCCAAUUUGUGUCAACACCAAAGGGCAAGAUGCAGGUACCAUUAAAGACAUGAUCACCAGGAUGGACCUUGAAAAUCUGAAGGAUGUGCUCUCUAGGCAGAAGCGGGAGAUAGAUGUGCUGCAAUUGGUGGUGGAUGUAGACGGAAACAUUGUAAAUGAGGUAAAGCUUCUGAGAAAAGAAAGCCGUAACAUGAACUCUCGUGUUACUCAACUCUAUAUGCAACUAUUACACGAGAUUAUCCGUAAGAGGGAUAAUUCACUUGAACUUUCCCAGUUGGAAAACAAAAUCCUCAAUAUCACCACAGAAAUGCUGAAGACGGCAACAAGGUACAAGGAACUAGAGGUGAAAUAUGCUUCCUUGACUGAUCUUGUCAAUAACCAGUCUGUGAUGAUCACUUUGUUGGAAGAACAGUGCUUGAGGAUAUUUUCCCGACAAGACCCCCAUGUGUCUCCCCCUCUUGUCCAGGUGGUGCCACAACAUAUUCCUAACAGUCAUCAGUAUACUCCUGGUCUGCUGGGAGGUAAUGAGAUACAGAGAGAUCCAGGUUAUCCCAGAGAUUUAAUGCCACCACCUGAUCUGGCAACUUCUCCCACCAAAAGCCCUUUCAAGAUACCACCAGUAACUUUUAUCAAUGAAGGACCAUUCAAAGACUGUCAGCAAGCACAAGAAGCUGGGCAUUCAGUCAGCGGUAUUUACAUGAUUAAACCUGAAAACGGCAACGGACCACUGCAGUUAUGGUGUGAGAACAGUUUGGAUCCUGGGGGUUGGACUGUUAUUCAGAAAAGAACAGAUGGCUCUGUCAACUUUUUCAGAAAUUGGGAAAAUUAUAAGAAAGGGUUUGGAAACAUUGAUGGAGAAUAUUGGCUUGGACUUGAAAAUAUCUAUAUGCUUAGCAAUCAAGAUAAUUAUAAACUGUUGAUUGAAUUAGAAGACUGGAGUGAUAAAAAAGUUUAUGCAGAAUACAGCAGCUUUCGUCUGGAACCUGAAAGUGAAUUCUAUAGACUGCGUCUGGGAACUUACCAGGGAAAUGCAGGGGAUUCUAUGAUGUGGCAUAAUGGUAAACAAUUCACCACACUGGAUAGAGACAAAGAUAUGUAUGCAGGAAACUGUGCCCAUUUUCAUAAAGGCGGCUGGUGGUACAAUGCCUGUGCACAUUCUAACCUAAACGGAGUGUGGUACAGGGGAGGCCACUACAGAAGCAAGCACCAGGAUGGAAUCUUUUGGGCCGAAUACAGAGGCGGGUCAUACUCCUUGAGAGCAGUUCAGAUGAUGAUCAAGCCUAUUGACUGAAGAGAGACAGUCCCCAAUUUAAGUGACAUAAACUCUGUAUUUUUUAGUUCCUAAAAAUGUAAAUGUUACAUGUAUAUUAUUUUGCACAAUUUCUACAGAUAAUAGUUUUUAAAAUGAAUUUUAUCAUAACUAUAAAAGGGGAUCUAUGAAUGUAGUUUCAUCUGCCUUCAAUAUACUGAAGAAGAUUUUUUUUGUCUCCAUAUCCUAGUUAUUUUAAAAAUUAUAUUGACUAGAUACAGGCAAAGUUGUGUUUUCUAAAAUGUAAAUAUUUGCCACAUUAUAAAACAAAGCUUUAUUUUAAAUAAUAACUGAAUACAUGUUCAAGAUACUUAACAAUUUAUUUAAUAACUAUGAGAUUCUCUAACUUCCAGUGGAAAAAAAUUUUUUAAAUUUUAGUCAAGUAAUACAUUUUAUUUAUAAAAAUACAGACAGGAAAUUAGAGAGAAAUCUCUAGUUUUGCCUACAGAAAAUACAUUUUCCAUUGAAUAAAAGUUAUUUCAAAUUGAA